AUGGAACUGCUCUGCUAUGGGUCUGACCCCAAGCUGCUGCAAACCAGCAUUGACAUUUCAACUACCCAGCACAUUAUCAUUUCUAAGUUUCAUUCAUUGCCACUUUUUCAUCCUUGCUUUAAAAAAAUCAUCUUCCAACACUCCCGUAAAGGUAGCGGCCACCUGUUCCUUUUAGCUCUGACCUCGGUACAGCUCCAUGGUAAUGCCUGUGGUGCAUUGGUAGGUUUGACUGUUUCAGAGCAGUCCCAGCUCCAGCUGGUGAACAGCCAGAGUCGCUGCACAGGAAGAGUCGAAGUGCUUCAUAACCAGCAAUGGGGAACCGUGUGUGAUCACAGCUGGGACCUACGAGAUGCUGGAGUUGUGUGCAGGCAGCUGGGCUGCGGGACGGCAUUAUCAGCCCCAGGAAGAGCGCAGUUUGGACAAGGCUCUGACCCCAUCUGGCUGAAUGAUGUCCGCUGCACAGGGACAGAGGCGGCCAUCACCGAAUGCAGGGCCAAGCCCCGGGGAGUCCAUAACUGCACCCAUGGAGAAAUUGCUGGGGUUGUGUGCUCAGGUUUAUCUAUUUCAGAGCCUGCUCAGCUCCAGCUGGUGAAUGGCCCACUUCACUGUGCAGGGAGAGUCGAGGUGUUCCUGAGCCAGCAGUGGGGAACUGUGUGUGAUGAUGACUGGGACUUUCUUGAUGCCAGAGUUGUGUGCAAGCAGCAAGGCUGUGGGAUGGCAUCAUUAGCACCACAUGACGCUCACUUUGGACGAGGAUCUCACCUUAUCUGGCUGGAUCGUGUUAACUGCACACGGACAGAAGCUGUCCUCUCCGAAUGCAGGGCUAGGCCUUGGGGAGUGCAUGACUGUUACCAUGCAGAAGAUGCUAGUGUUGUGUGCUCAGGUAACCCUCACUCAUGACACAUGUGGCACUGGGUGGCAGGUACUGUGCUGCAGGGAGUAGAGCAGCAUGUGUUACUCAACAGGGGUCAUUCUCCCCUCUGAAUCAGCCCUGAUCCUGAUGUCCCAGACUGGCCUGAGCUGGGUCUUUGAUGCUGAGAACUAAAACUGAGGCCCUGUCCAUUGUCUCUCUCUGCACUUUCUCAGCAAUCCGGGAGUUAAUGCUGGGCUUGAAUUCCAAGUGGGGUGAAUCCAUUUGCCUUCAUUCAGCCUGAAAUCCUGGCAUGUGCUUUAAGCUGGACACAGGAUUCUCUUCACUUCCUGGCCCAAAGUUCUUUUUUUGCUUCAGUCCCCAAUGUCUAAGGGAAUACUAACGCUGAGAGUCGCUGGGCAGGUCCCACACGGUUUUGAGAUGUCAGUGGGAUGGGAGGGCUCCCAGUGUUUCUCAGGGGGUGCUCAACAACCUUCAGGGCCCAAACGCAGCCAAAUUGCACAUGCUCUCAACACUGGUUUCCCCAUCAAUCUGUGUCACUGAACAGCAUAUUCCCACCCGCCCAGCCCCCCAGCUGCCGUUCAAACUGAAAUUAGUUCAGGGGCUUCCUGUGGCCAGUUUUAGGUAUGAAGUCAGACAAGAUGAUCACAAUGAUCCCUUCUGGUGUUAUAACUAAGCCUAUGAUUUAGUCACAGAGGUCACAGAAGUCACUGCUGGUUACUCCCGCAGCUCCCAUAUGAUGUGGGUGGUGGGGUACCCUGCAGCUCCGAGCUGCCGAGGGUGUCAUGGGAAUCCCCGAGGACUCGGCUACCAGGGGGUAUGGGGGAACCCCCAAGCUCAUGGGUGGCGGUGGUGGGGGAUCACCCGAGCUCCAGGCCGCCAGGGGCCCUGAGCUGCAGGUGGCAGGGGUACCCCACAGCCCGACAGCUGCUGCAGGCAUCUCCUAAACCCUGCACAGUUGCCCUGCUUCAAGAAGUCUGGGGACCCGCAGAUCCCCAUUAUGUCACAAUAUUUUUAUUAAAAGUCACAGACAGGUCACAGUUCUGUGAAUUUUUCUUUUUUCCCCUGUCCUGCCCGUGAAUUUUACUAAAAAUAUUUGUGACAAAAUCUUAGCCUUAGGUAUAACCUAUGGCAUAGCCCUACCUCUGCCUUUCCUCCCAUGCCCCAGGCCUGCAAUGUCCUUGGCGUCUGGCUUCUCCGCUCUGCCCUGGUUCUGCUCCUGCUGGGAUCUGCCCCGAUCAUCACCUGCAUCCUGGAGAAAGGAGCCCCCACCCUCCCUGAGCCCCUGAGAACUGGCAAUGGCAGCCAGGGGCAGGCGGGAGAGGACCCAGCGAUGGGAGAGGAGUCGGUUAUAUAUGCCAACGUCCCAAGUCUUUUGGCACCCAGAGACCUCAGCGAGAGAUGUAUUGACUAGGAGGACACUAGCAACACAGGGCUGCGGGGAAGCCUGGCUUGGAACGGGGAGAUGGCAGCUUCACCUACUAGUGUCCAAACAUUCCACCCUCCAUGUCUCUUGCACUAGUGCAUGCAAGGGGCACAUCUCACAUUGCUGCUUCUACCUCUAGCAAGGAGAGGGCCAUGCUUGCAGCAUAUGUCCUGAGCGGCCUUUAAUGGCAGGGCAAGUUCUGAACAGGACAAUGAGCUCAUUGUUAAUAAAUGCAGGAAACACCUGGAAUAACGUCUUUUAUGAGUUGUGUCACCCCCUUGUGGUAUAGUUGUGAGCUGGCCUGUAUGCAGCAUGGGAAGAGACUCAGGGCAUCUCAGAUGUGGGCCUUAAACCCAACCCUGGGAGUGGUUCUUCAUUUAGCUUAGGGAGUUGGGCUGUGAUCCUAGGCCAGGCUGCUCUGACUUCUGGUCGCCCUGGCUUCAUGAAGGCAGAGCAGUGCUGGGGUCCCAUCGGAGAUGCCUGUUGACAUACUUAGCUCUCACAUGAGUUUGAGCAAUCAGACUGUGGCAAGGGACGGGAGCAUGCCGUGGGCAUCUGGAGCUGUGCGAGAACUGAAGGGUCACCUGGAACGGUUUUUAACCAUAACCACCAUUAAAUGCUGUUGGCUCCCCAUGGAGCCCUCUAGAUAUAUAAAAUGAUGUGGUCUAAAUUAGCUCUUACCACUCAGGAAAGAGAUCUUGGAGUCAUUGUGGAUAGUUCCCUGAAAAUAUCCACUCAAUAUGCAGUGGCAGUCAAAAAAGUGAACAGAAUUUUGGGGCUCAUUAAGA